AUGGCACUUCCUAUUUCAACCCCAAAGAAACAGGUACUUUCCAAGUGGUGUAAUCGUACGAUGGGAGGAAUUUUAACGACCACCACCACUACUUCGAGUACAACAACAACUAAUAGCACCACUAAUAGCACCACCUCCAAUAGGAAUUUGGUUGCUUCCAAUACUUAUGCUGCUGAAAAGAUUUCGAAUGCUAAUUCGGUUGUUGCUGCUGCCGCCACCAAAAACUUGACUCAUCCCAAAGCUACUUUUCAAUGUGUGAUGAAUCAAUCAUCUCCAACCUGGAAUGUUGAAACAUUUGAUCCUGAUUACUUUUAUAGUAAUAAUCUGAAAUUGAAUGUUGAUGUUGUGUUGACUCAUUCACGAGAAGAUACCUCAUGUCUUGAACCUUCCAUUGACCCAUCCACUGGUCAAAGCAAAGGCAUUGUACUUUACUCUUCUCUCAGAUAUCAACUCAGACAUUGUUUGAAGUUAUCUCCAUUAUCUCCCAAUCUUCCAUGUUCACUUCCUCAAAUGUUGUACAUGAAAGUUGUAUUGAUUGGUGGAACCACUAAGGAGGCUAUUGGUGGAGUUAUUUCACCUGGUCCUGAUCAUCCUAAUCAUUCUCUAGAAAAAGUAUUUGCUUCUGAGAAUCGUGUUCAAAUUGAAAAAGUUCAAUCCUACAAACAACUGGUUCACUUUAAGAUGUCACUUUAUGAUUUGCGGGAUUUGAAUAAGGCCAUUUGUGAACUCACCAGUGUUGAAUUUCAUGUCUUUGCUAGAAAGAAGCAAGAAAGUAGUGUUCAAACAUCAUCAUCAACCGCUCCCAACAGUAAUGGUUCUCUCUCUCCAAAGACCAGAAAAACAAAAAAUCCUUCCACCAAGAGAAGUUUGCCAACUGCAUUGAAUGUGGACAUGGAUUACACUGGGGAGUCAUUCAAACGUCAAAAAGAAUCUCUUUUUGACCAUCACGGUAGCAUUUCACAACAACCUUGCUACAACAAUUCCAUUUCCUAUUCUACUUCAGGUAUGAUGAAUGACUUAUCAUUUGUCUCCAAUACCACCAAUAUCACCACCACCACCGCCACCUCUUCAUCACCUCUUGCAGUAUCUGCCAAUAAUUGUGAUGCUCUUGAUAAGUUGAUUAACGUUGCACUUCCAUCUUCUCCUCAAGAACAAGCAUCAGCUAUGAAGAAUCAUAACGAUCAAGAGGAAGAAGAUGAUGACACUCUCAAUCUCAAGAUUGAUGAUGGAGAAGAAGUGAAUUCUACCACAUCUUCGUCACCCUCCUCUCCUCAAUCAUCUUCCAAUGAUGAAAUUCUUCUUUCUCAAUUCUGUACCUUAUUGAAUGAAAUGAUUCAAUCCAUCAAGAGUUUGAAUGAACAAGAUAGAGCCAGUGCUCUUCGAUCAGCUGUCGUUGCAUUAAGAUGA